AGCUAAUAGAUAUAAAGUAGGCAAAACAGAGUUUCCUUGCAUCUCUUCAUCUGGAUUAAAAGAAAUAAAAUCAUGGGGAGCAAUUUGUUGAUGUCUUUCUUCAGUGUUCUAAAGCAGAUAAAGCUGCUAUUUCUGAUAGCACUGGUCUAUGGCUGUUUUGGAGAACCUCAAGAUCUUUCAGGUAAAGUCUUCACAAUCCCAACCAAUGAUGCAAACCCAUAUAUAAAGCUUCAUGCCAACAUCACCAAGCCUAUUACUGCUAUGACCAUGUGUCAGAGGUUCAACUCUGGCUUAGAUCGAGGCCAGACUCUUUUCUCACUGGCAGCAAAGUCUACUGACAACGAAUUGGUGUUGUACAAACCGUCCCUGGGAACAUAUCGAGUCCAUGUCAGACAAAAGUCACUGGAUUUCUUCAAUCUACCAGAUGUUAUAAAUGAAUGGAUCUCUCUCUGCUGGACCUGGGACUCUGAAACUGGUCUGACUCAGCUGUGGCUGAAUGGGAAGAGAAGUGCACGGAGGGUUAUUAGUCCUCAUGUGACUAUAACUGGUGAACCAAGCAUAAUGUUAGGUCAAGAUCAGGACACGUAUGGCGGAGGCUUUGAUCCCAAACAGUCCUUUGUGGGGGAUGUCACUGAUGUCCACUUCUGGGACAAAGUCCUUUCACCAUGUGAUAUUAAAUACUAUAUGAAUGGCCAAGUUAAAAGUCCUGGGAAUCUUCUCAACUGGGAAGCAUUGCAAUUUACCACCAAUGGAAAAGUGUUCAUAGAGAAAAGUGACUUUAUAUGUUAGGGUUGUGGUGUUUCCAGGUGAUCUAAGAUGCUCUUUGUUAAUUCUUGCUGAGACUUCUUUGAUGUACAUCUUUGAUCUUUGAUGUAAUUUGGGCUAUUUGGGACCCUUACAUUUAUUCCCCGGUUCUGUGUUGGUGUGACAGAAGAUAGAAGACAAGCAUGAUAUGUAACUAAAUCAAAUAUGAAAAUAUCGGUUGUGUAGCCAGCUAAAUUUCAUUAAUUUCUAGAGAUCAUCAAAAACUAUGGUGAAAUGUUUUGCAUUGUCUAGGUAAGCUGGCUUGGAUGGUUUGCUGAGUAGCUGAUCUUAUGAAAAGUUUUUUACCCAAUUAGCUUAAUUGCAAACACAGUAGCAAGUUUGUGGACAUUUCAUUUCCUAAAAUCCUUUUUAUAGACUAGAUAUUAGUUACAUAGCUACACUGGCUCCUGUGAUGUAAAAGUUUUUGUGAUGUAAAAGAAUGAGACAAAGAUAAAUCAUGUCAGAACUUUUUCCACUUUUAAU